GGCGGGCGCUGGGCACGCGCUUUCAACCACUUUGCAGGGGCCAGUCUGAGACUCGGAGCCGAGAGAGGUGACAGGUCUCCCCACCUCUCCGCCUCUGGUUGCCCAGCACCUGCGCGGACCAUGUUUUCCAAACUGCUGAGAUGGGGUAUCUACCGCUCCUACAAGCGCGUCCCGGAGGGGCCCGAGGCGCAGAAAUGUAGUCCAGAGAAAAGUGCUUCAUUCUUCAGUAAGAUGACAUAUUCCUGGUUUAGCAGAAUAAUUGUUUUAGGCUAUAAGAAACCUUUGGAAAGAGAAGAUCUUUUUGAACUAAAUGAAAGUGAUUCCUCCUAUACUGUGUGUCCCAUCUUUGAAAAACAAUGGAGGAAGGAAGUUUUAAGGCAUCAAGAGAGGCAAAAUGUACAGCCAUCCUUUCAGAAAGAGUUUCCAACAAGGAAACCAUCUCUGUUCUGUGCCUUGUGGAACACCUUUAAGUUUGUCCUGAUUCAAGUUGCUUUACUCAAAGUGUUUGCUGAUGUCUUGGCUUUUACGAGUCCAUUCAUAAUGAAGUGA